AUGCUUUGCUACGAGCUGCGGCUCGUCCCAGGAGUGUCAAACGUGCACUUGGGGGCCACGGUGACAGCAGCAGCAGCAGCACCAGCAGCAGCAGCAGCAGCAGCAACACCAGCAGCAGCAGCAGCAGCAGCAGCAACAGCAGGGACUGUCUCCUUCGAAUACAAAGUCAGAGAGGGCAUCUGCCCCUACUCCCACGGGCUGCUUGUCGCCAAACUCGCUGGAGUGCCGCAGCACGUCCUAGAGUGCGCCGCUGCGCAGUCCCAUUUGCUGCAGCAGCAAACAGCGCAGCAGCAGCGAGACGCGCGCCUGAGGUCUGUUGCUGCUGGGCUGCUGCGAGCUGCUGCUGAGGACCCCACAGAGUUGGAGUGUAUGUACACCCGGUACAGGGCGGAGGUGCUUGCGGACGCCCAGCAGCAGGAAGAAGCGGACGCUGCUGCUGCUGCUGCUGCUGCUGCUGCUGCUGCGACAUCGGGUGCAGCAGCAGCAGCUGCGGGACUCUGA